CAGCAGGUGGCGCAAUAGUCGUUGAUGGUUGAUGGACGGUGUUUAAUGUUUACGUGUUACAAAAUUUUAGUCCAACGAAUUCUGAAUGAAAACCAACACUUUCAUAGUUUCAACGGUGUCAGAACAAAUACGUAAACUCAUCGUUACUGGAAACUCCAAGAAAACAUCACUGGAAUCGAUGAAACCACGAAACCGUAACUUGCAGAGGCGAUAGUCAAGAAAAAAUCAAAAUUUAAAGCUUCUGGUGGAAUUAAUAUGGAAUUUAUUGCAAUUGUGGAUAACGACAGCGGUUACGGAUCAAAUAACGUUGAGUCGAAUUUAGAUUCCUCUUCCGAAAACAUGUUGCAAAAUAAAACUUUCGCGCCAGUGUAUGACCUGUAUGGCGAAGAUACUCUUCCUGAAAAGCCCUCAUUGAAGAGCGAUUUGAAGAACCCGUGUACACAUUUCGAUUCCUUUGAUUCAGUUAUAAACAGUUCGCAAGAUAGUGUCAAGACUGAAUUCAGUGGGUUCGAAGAUUCAGGGCGUUCAGAUGAAUCACUUAUUAUUCCCAGGAUGCAAUCAAUUGUAUGUGAUACAAGCGUUUGGACUGACGACAAUUCAUUUCCGACACAAGCGACCACCCUUACCGAACCUCCCUCUACAUGUGAUACAUUCACCAGACCAGCUUUAGUUCCGCACAAAGUACUAGCAAACGUGACCAACACGUACGAACAGAACACAAGUCAGCCUGUGAUCAAGAAUACACCAAGUGACAAAGAAAACAUCCCACCAGUGGAAACCCCAAAGAAACGUUACGAAAACCUUCAGUCUUCGGAUAUAAGUCCGGACCUUUUCGCCGAGGAGGAAGUGUCGUUGAACGUAUCCCACAAACAAAAAUCUCCAAUGAGGAAAGACACACCAAAGGAGAAUUACUGCAGCAAAGACACCAAGUUAUUGAGGAAUGUUCAGUCUUCGUUAAGCGGAGUCCAUCCUCCACCCAGCGUCACCAUAAUCCAGAUCGGGGUGAAGGAAAUGCUCGACAGAAUCAACGAAAAUACGGAGCUGUUUUGGAAAGCUUCAACUGUUACAAGCGACACUGGAAAGUCGCUGCUUAUUAACGAUAAACCAGAAUGUGUUCACCAGGAAUGGCCUGCGAUUUUAAAAGCGAGACACCAUGGAUUACAUCAUAACAGAAACAAAGUCUCGGAAGAUUUUGAGCACUUGUGCCUUAAAUACGCCGAACGUUACAUCGGUGCGGAGACUCAGUCCUCUUGCACAGUUUUCGAUUCGAAUCCUCCCAGUUCCCAGAAACGCAAAAUGUCGAAACCCAGAUGGAGCGUAAAAUCGCCCGGAAGGAGGCUUAGCCAUCUUGCGAGAAGAAGGAUUACGUUUUCUAGCGCCAAUCUGCAAGCGAAUAGUAGUUCGGCCAUUCUUGGGUCACGUGCUCGACAAAUUUUGGUGGACGCAAGGAAACUCAGUUCGUUGAGGAAGAGUCCGAAGAAGAGCCCUAGAAAGACACCGUCGAAAAGUCCAUUCAAGAUUAAAAAGGGUACGCCUAGUAGUUCUGCGAAAAAAAAAUUAGCGAUGAGGUUUAGGCAGAUGUCUGGAGAGUUUGAGAACAUCCUGCCGAGUAGUUCUCAACAGUCCGGACGUGGCUUCAAAAGGGCUUUGUUUAGUAGCGAGAAAGAGUCGGGCUCUUGCGGACCCUCCAUGGAAAAGAAAUCCACCAAGAGAGCCCUCUUCGUCUCCCCAUUAAAACACUCGCCAAGCAAAAAAUCUCCUUUAAAAAUCCACUUGGACAGGAAGCGAAAACGCAACGACACAGACACAGACAACCCUUCAAAGUUAGCCAGAAGCAUGUCCGUCGACUUACUCUCUACCAAAUCCGAGACGAACACAUUACUAACUCGGACGUUCAGCGAAACUUUAACCACCACCCGAACCGAAGAAUUGAGCGACCAACACAAAAAGAAACUCCAAUGGGCCGUGUACGAGUCCUUGCGCUUACAAAGCGUGACUGCCUCACACCCCCAGUAUAAAAUUUUCGCCUCGGUGCUGGCUCGAGUGACCAGAAAAUUCUUACAAAACUUGAAAUUCGAAGGCCGAACCACGGAAAAGAUGUUCAGGAUUGCAAGACAACAUUCUUAUGCUGUAGUCAAAGGGAAGACGGUGGACGAAAUUUUUAACGAAUUCAUGAAGAACAGGAUGAAGAUUCAGAAGCCGCAAGGGUAUGUAGGGAUUGACGAGUUUAACAGGAAAGACGACAAAGAAAACGUGUUGCAAGAUAAAGUUAAUAUAAUGGAGAGUAUAGAAAAGAGGCGGGAACACGCAGGCUCAAAAUCGAGGGUCUUUAGUCAAAAUAGGAUAGAUCGGAUAAAAAAAGUUAUUUCUUUUGAAGAAAAAGAUACGUAGGGUUUGAUUUUAUGGUGGUCAAGUGCAAUAAAUGCAUGCACGUUUGUUAUUUUAUUGACAAUGAUUUUUCGAGGGGGGUGGGGUGUAAAACAGAGCACGUUUAAUUCGAUUUUAACUGUUCCAUAGUAAUGGGUUAUCAAUGCUUUAUUGUAAUUAUUCCAAUAAACAACAAAGUAUAAAA